GUCAUUCCACUAACAUGGACAAGUAUGAACAGGUUAAGGAAAUUGGCAAAGGUGGAUUUGGAAGAGUCAUCCUUGUCAAAUCCAAAGAAGAUGGACACCAAUAUGUCAUCAAGGAGAUUAACAUAUCUGAUAUGUCGACUGAAGAGAGGCAGAAAGCUCAACAAGAAGUUAAAGUUCUUUCCAACAUGAGUCAUCCCUUCAUUGUCCAGUAUAAGGAAUCUUUUGAAGAGGGGGACUGUCUGUAUAUAGUGAUGGACUACUGUGAAGGUGGAGACCUCUCCAAGAAGAUCAAAUCUCAGGAAGGAAAACUUUUCUCAGAAGAGCAAAUCCUGGACUGGUUUGUGCAGAUUUGUCUGGCACUAAAACACAUCCAUGAUAGAAAAACCUUCCACAGGGACAUUAAACCACAGAACAUAUUUUUGACAAAAGAUGGGACUGUACAGCUUGGGGACUUUGGAGUUGCAAGAGUGCUGAACAGCACUGGAGAACUGGCAACAACAUGGAUAGGAACACCACUUUACCUAUCACCAGAGAUCUGUAAGGAGAAACCAUACAACAACAAAAGUGAUAUUUGGGCUCUAGGUUGUGUCCUGUGUGGACUGUGCUCUCUUAAGCCUGCAUUUAAGGCUUGUGGUACGGCAAACAUGUAUCAGAAGAUCAUCAGUGGUUCAUACCCUCCUGUGUCUGAUCACUACUCCCAAGAACUGCGUUCUCUCUUGUCUCACCUGUUGAAUUGUGACCCUGAACAGAGACCCUCAGUCAGCAGCAUACUGGAUGAACCUUUCCUCUCCUGCAGGAUGCAGAAGUUCCUCACACCACAGGUAUAG